UAUCUAAUUGGCCCGUCGGGAGCAGGGGCCAGUCUUCAGUAGGCAGAACCUGUUUGCAGCUGCACUGCUUAUAAUUGGCAAUCCUCAACGAGUGGAAUCCGAGUCGCAAAAUUCAAGAAAACUCCCACUACAAACCCCCCCACCCAGGAAAAACAUCGGAAACUAUCCUCCACCACUCUGGCUCACGUCAAAUCGUCGGUCAAUCUUGUGAACACCACUCCUGCAGCGUCAAGCGUUCAGCGGGAGACGGAAACUCGAAGUUAAAUUGAGAGAGGGAGAGAGAGAGAGAGCGAGAAGGGGGUAACAGAAAGCCAGGCAGAGAUAGUGUGAGAGGGAUUUAUCGAAAGAGAGACAGAGAGUGAGGAGCUACAUGAGCGUGUCUUUGACAACCUGUUCAGUGAUACGAGCGCCUCUCAGCCGUGCCCCUUUUGGCCCGAAGUCCAUCACAUCGUUCUCAGUCUGUGCACAUACUUCCACUCAACCCACUGGCAAACAGUAGGCUACUUGGAGACACGAGAGGAGUGGUGUAGUGUAUAGAGAGUGAGACCUUAUUUUGAUAAACUAUAAUUAUCUGCGUCUUAGAUUACACUAACCUAAGCUGGACUAAAAUCUGUAGCCAGUGGGGCUCUGUGAAGAAUUGGGAGACGUAAAUUUAAAAAAUCCCAGAUUCAACGCAGAAAGGGAAAGGAGACGAUCGAUUUUUAAGGAGCAGCUGCCCCGAAGAAUCCUUUACGAACGGUUCGGUGCGAUAAAAGUUAACCAGUGGAUUUUUAUAACAUUUUUACUUUCUUUUGAGAACGACUAAAGUCGAUUUUGGAACUAAUGCAUUUUACAAAAACGGAAUAUCUAAGUGAGGACACCUUAGUUUAAAACGCAUUUAUGGUAAGACAUUUCCACGGGUGCCUGAAAAAGGAAUUAGCUAUCGAGGCCGAGCCGCGUAAAGGUUCGGAAUAGUUUCAAGACAGCCCACCAGCUGUACAGGCUACACCUAGGAGUAAGGUUAUGAGGGAUCGGACCUGAAGAUGGAGCUUUUCUGGAUUUUGUUAUUUUCUAUCAUCCCGCCGUACGCACGAGGGCAAGGAGUUUACGCCCCUGCCAAUGCCCAGAUUGCACACUCGGGCCAGGCGUGUGUGGUGAAGGAGGACAACAUCAGUGAAAGGAUCUAUACUAUUCGAGAGGGAGACCGCCUGGAGCUCCAGUGUCUUGUGAAAGGACAUCCACGACCACAGGUGCGGUGGACCAAGACGGCGGGCAGUGCAUCAGACAAGUUCCAGGAGACAUCAAUUUACAAUGAGACACUGCGCAUUGAGGGCAUCCAGCGGGUGCAGGGAGGCCGCUACUACUGCAAGGCUGACAACGGGGUGGGGGUGGCUGCCAUCAAGUCCAUCCGGGUAGACGUGCAGUACCUCGACAAACCUGUUCUGACUGUACACCAGACCAUCAGUGAUGUUCGUGGGAGCUACUACCAGGAGAAGACUGUGUUUCUGCGCUGCACUGUCAACUCCAACCCUCCAGCCCGCUUCAUCUGGAAACGAGGCACCACCCCUAUUGAGCAGAGCAAGGAUACCGGAGUGGACAUCUAUGAACCUCUCUAUACACAGGGUGAGACCAAGGUGCUAAAGCUGAAAAACCUGAGGCCAAAGGACUUUGCCAACUAUACGUGCCAGGUGUCAGUCCGCAACGUGUGUGACAUCCCUGAUAACUCGGUCACCUUUCAGCUCACCAAUGCCACCACUCCACCUGCUCUACGCUUGUCAGUCAAUGAGACUUUAGUGGUGGACCCAGGGAAGGAUGUGACCCUAUCAUGUGAGGUGACCGCUGGAUUCCCAAAGCCAACCGUCACCUGGUCGCGCACUCCCAACGCAUUGCCGAGAAACUCGCGGGUAAGGGAUGGGACCUUGACGCUGCGCUCAGUCACACCUACCGACUCAGGCUUCUACAACUGCACAGCGGUCAACAACGUGGGGAAUCCUGCCAAAAGGAAUGUUAAUCUCAUCAUCCGAAGCAUGAGCAACCUCACCUUCCAGAUUACACCAGACUCCAACAAGGAUAGUGAAAGCAUCCAGAUGGGGCGCGACCUCAAGCUCUCGUGCCACGUGGAUGCGCAGCCCCAGGACAAGGUCAACUACACGUGGUACAAAAAUGCGGCGCCCAUCUACAACUCUGAAAGCCUGAUCGUGCUGCGCAGUGACCCGGACAUGGCGCCUGGAACUAGCAGUCUGGAGAUCGUAGAUAUGAAGUUCCGUGACCAGGCCACCUACAGCUGCGUGGCCAACUUUCCUGCAAGCACAGUGCCAGAGCUGAGGAUGGACGUCAAUAUUACCCAGAGCAGUGUCACUCCCCCGAUUUUGACGGUGCCGGCGGGAGGCCAGGUGGUCAGCGUGAGGGAGGGUGGCACGGCAGAACUUGUGUGUCUGGUGGACGGCAAGCCCCGUCCACCUGUCCUCUGGUCACGAGCCGACAAGGACCUUGCAAUGCCCACGGGCGAGUGGGCGGUGGAAACACGUGACGGACGCCUACGGCUGACCAGUGUCACCCGUGACCUAAUGGGUGCCUAUCGCUGCCAGACGGCAACUUACAACGGCCUUAACAUCAAGCCACGCCAGGCGCAAGUCCAGCUCAAUGUGCAGUAUGCUCCAGUCCUAGACCCAGUCUUCCAGGAUGUUCGUUCACCGAACUACCAGUUAGUAACGCUCCGCUGCGUCAUUCAGAAGUCCAACCCAGCACGUGUGACCAGUGUCCGUUGGGUCCGAAACGGCGAGCCCUUGUCUUCCCUGACCACAGACCCCCAGGAGAACCCACAGCUAAAAUUCAAGCUGGACCCUGGCAACAAUGGCACAUAUGAGUGCCGCGUUAGCAAUGGUGUGGGCACCUCUACCUGCACUUUCAACGUCACAUCUCGGCCAUACAAUGCAGAGUUCUACUAUGACACACCCAACCCCAUUCGCAUUCUGAAGGGCAAUAACUACUCCUACCAACUCCAGUGGACCCAGAGAGAGCCCCAAGCUACAGACCGCAUCAUCGGUUACUGGAUCAAUGUCCGCAAGCUACAGGAGAAGCAGAACCUCUUCUCCAAGCAGGUUGAUAAGAAGGAGCCAGUAAAGGGUGCCUUAAUGUCCUUCACCCUGAAUGACCUGAAGAUCCCCCUGUCCUAUGAGGUCCGCCUGAGCCCCAUAACCACCUACAGUACAGGAGACUAUGUCAGUCGCAACAUCAAGUACUCGGAGCCUUACACUUACCCACGACCAUCAGACCAUGUAUGUGGUUUUGAGGACGAGCGCAUCUGUGGCUUUUCCCAGGACCGAAGCGAUAAUUUUGAUUGGACUAGACAGAAUUACCUGACGCAAAACCCCAAGCGCUCAUCCAAUACCGGCCCAGAGAUGGACAGGAGUGGGACCAAAGAAGGUUAUUAUAUGUACAUUGAGGCCUCUCGUCCCCGGGUUGCUGAUGACGCUGCCCGUCUCCUUUCCCCUCUCUACAAUGUGACCGCUGCCAGGGGCCCCAAGGGCUCUGGUCGGGUCCCCCACUGCAUCUCCUUUUUUUACCACAUGAAGGGCAAGCACAUUGGUUACCUGAACGUGUGGAUGAGGGUAAAAGGCAUCGCCUCUGUGGACAAUUUGGUCUGGAGUCUGAAGGGAAACCAAAGUUCUGAUUGGAAACAAGCCAACAUCAACUUCAACCCUAGUGGACCCUUUCAGGUGAUGUUUGAGGCCAUUCGGGGAUCGGGCUAUGAAGGAGACAUUGCCAUUGAUGAUGUCUCAGUCACCAAAGGAAAAUGCAAGCAAGAAAACUCUGUCUCCAACACAGUUCUGAUUGGAAGAGCCCCAGAUCGGCACUCACUCCCAUUGGCCUCGUUGCUGUCCUUCGCCCUCUGCUCGUGUCUACUGCUGCUCUACAGAUGAUGAGCACAAUGCACAGUGUUCCCUGUCUGCCAAGACAGGCUACUGCCCCGACUUGCGCCUCCCUUCUUCUUUCCCCGCCUUCGUAUCCCUUCACUACAUCUCCCCCUCCUCCUCACAGCUACCCAUCCACUUUUCCCUUUUCAUCGCUACCCCUGUUUUUGACACUAAUCCAUGCCUCAGUUUUCCCAUUCCGCCCGGCUAUGCUUGUUAAAGUUUUGUAACUGAGUCUCGCUUGAUUGAUUCUUCCUCCCUCUCUCACUCUCUCAUUUUUCUUUUCAACAGUCACACCUUUAUUGUCAGAUGGUUCAGCCAUUUCUUCUUUCAACCAAUGUUGCUGUUUUGGACUGGGGCAAGGUUGUUACCUCUAUGGCCUUGAGACCUUUUGAAACAAAAUAUCACUCCUACUUCAUGCUUUUAUUCAUUCUCACACACUCUUCCAUCAAUCCCCCUAAUCUUAACACCACUCUGCCCCCACGUGACCCAUGACCCCGUAUACUGGACAAAUACCAUGUGUCGGACACUCUACCAAAGAUGAGGAAGAAACUGAGGGAAAUAAGGAAAGGAUGGUAGGGAUAGGAGCUUAGAAUGAUAAGUUUGACAUUGGAAAGGGGAGGGAUCCCCCUCCUUAUUGAACCCUCCCCUUCGCCUCCUUGGCCUCAGCGCAAGGGAGCUGUCGAUCAUCUAGGCAGACUGAGUGACUGACAGAUAAAGGAAUCUAGGGAAGGAAUCUGAGUAAAUGCUCCUGUUGGCCUCUCCUCUACAGGUCGCGGCCAUAGAUGACCUGCAUUGGACUGUACAUGUACAGUACAUUUCUCUAUAUAUGAAUAUAUUACAAAAGUUGAAAUCAAACUAAAAAAAGAAAUACUAAGAAAAAAACACUUGUGGACAUGGGCAACUUUACAGGCUAUGACAAAGCGAAACUAAAGAAGCACAAAUUUAUACAAUGUAUAGUUUUUUUGUUUUUUUUUCCUUGUGGUUUUGCUCUAUAUAUUGUCUCAAUCGACCCUAUACGCUACACUUCGUAUUCUUAGGCCUUUUUUCAGGGAGUGGGUAAAAAUUAUUUAAAGGACUGCUGGAGAAAGGUGGUCAUUGGGAAUGAAAGGCCGUGGUUGUUUUUGGUGGGCACCCUUUGCCUAGCCCGCUUGAGCACUAUAGACUGGGUCAGGUCAGUCACCUUUGUUACACCCACCACCUCCAUAUUCACCAACACAUCGACUUGAAAGAGAUAAGCUUCCCCACUUCAUCACACUUAGCCAGUCAAAUCCUCACUCCCUGUACACCUCCACCCCCAAGCUGAUCAAAUUUCAGCCAUUCAUAGGAUCUCUGACUGGCUGAAACCAAUGGAACAUUGACUUUGUGCUUCCUAUACAGGGAGUAGUUGGAUGUGAUAUGACAUUUAUUUUAACUGCAUUUAAAUGCGGCUUCAACGGAAUAUAAUUCGGACAGAGGGUCAAGACCCAACAAGAGGACAAACGGGUGAGGUAGGCGGGGAAACAGAUUCAAUUGACGGAUUCUAUUUCACGGGUUUCCGAUGAUGAAUGUCAUGUGUAGGAGUCAAGAAAUAACUUAAUCAACGGAAGCGAUUGCGCUCGGGAAGGGACCGUUUCCUACUAUUACUGUAUCAGCCGAUUGAGGUUGAAUGUCUAUGAUGUAAUCUUAGUUUAUUUAAGAUGAGUACUCAUUUCAUAUUGUUAUAGUAUGAUUGUGUUUCUGUGUGGAGCAAUACUCAUUCACUAUCAGCUCACGUAGUUAGUUCGUGCACUUCUUUAUUCAUCUGUCCACAUUCUAUGAGCAAACCUGUUCACCCAGUUAAGAUAAGAAGUCUUAUAAACCCCUACCCAUUGUUGCACAAAAAGCCGGAACUCAUUUCGAUUGCAGAUUCUUGACCAUGCAGAUUUUGAAGGAUUUUUUUUUUUCACAGUAAACGCUUCAGAUGUCUUCUCAAUAAGAAAUUACCUUUAAAGGCUAUAUUGUCGAGUAUGUGUGAUCUGACUGAAUCCCAGCCAAAGUAAUUGGGCCCAAGACCCAAACAACAUGUCGACCUGACUGAUGAUGCAGAAACAUAUAAUUGGCUAGUGCUUCCUCUUAAGAUUAAUUUCCUGUAUUCGUAAAACUGCAGCCUCCUACUAUGCUCUCAAGGCUCCUUUGGGGUACAUUUGAGUGGAUUGCAUAGGUAGCUCCAUCUUGCCCUCUAAUAGGCCAGGUGGCAAAUUUACCAUAGUACUUCUAUGUUUCAAGUCCUGUCAGAUCUUCUCAAUCCCUACUUAAGGGUUAAGUAGGGAUUCAGAGAUACUGUUAUGUCUAGGUUAUCAGCUGUCAUUGUCUGAAAAAUUCUACCAAAACCUCUUUUUACUGUAUUUCAUUUUCCCAAUUUACAUUUCUUAACAAGGGAAUCUUGUUCAUAUACAUUAAAAAUACAUGGAUGACCACAAACUGUGUGCCUCUAAGACAUGCUUCAAUAAUCUUUUUAAAAAUGGGCUAUGGGCCCUCAAUUUUGGAUUUCAAUUGCAUUUUGGCUGUCUUUUUGGUGUCUCUCAUCAAAUCGGAAUGGCUUUUUAGGUCCCAAAAGCAUUUCAAGCUCACAGAAAGAAUUUAAAGAAUUUAAAAUUAAUGUUGGUGGGAGGCAUCUUCUGUGUCACUACUAUUCAGUUAAGUUUACUGUAACUAACCGAUGUAACAAUAACUCAUGUCGUUAAGAAGCUGCUCUUCCAAUUUUGGCAUCUCAGGUCAUGUCAGUAAGAGGUCAGGUGUUGUAGCUCUGUGUUCAGUGCAGUGUGCAUGUACAACUCGGAAUGAAGAAAAGUUUAACUUCAUAAGUCUGGGUGAACUAGCGCUUUAUUUACAGUGCCUAUAGAAAGGCUACACCCACGUUGAACUUUUUUUUAAUUUAGUUGUCAGUGCUUCAUAGUUUCAUGCAUUUAAGAUUUUUUUAUCAGUUAUUACCAUAUUGCCCAUUUUGUUUUACAUGACCCCACCCCACUUAGUUAAUACUUUGUGGAACCACUGUUGACGCUGAUUACAUCUUUACUCUACCACAGUGAGUCUGUUGGUAUAGUUUUCUACCACCUUUAUACACCUUGAUUUAGCAAUAUCAAGUUAAUUGGGGAUUAUAAAUCUGUCAGGCCAAUCAUUUUCAAUUGGAUUUAGGUCAGGGAUUUGACUAGGCAGUUGAACACCAUUUGCAUUUUUCAUUAGCCACUCCACUGUAGAUUUGAUUGUGCGCUAAGGUUUAUUGUCAUGCUGAAAUUCUUCAGUACCUGUUUCAGUUUUUUUGCACAGGGCAGCAGGUAUAAGUAGCUGCUGAUAAUGUGAAACUUCCUCAUAACGUUCUGCCCCCCGACACCACACAUACAUAUUAUGUUUUUUGAUGUGACGUGUUUGGUUUUUGCCAAAUGUAACACAUUGCAUUUAGGCCCAAAAGUUCCAUUUUAGUUUUGUCAGACCAGAGAACUAUUUGCCAAAUGGGUACAGAAUCUACAGUGUUAUUUGGCAUAGUGCAAAUGGGAUUCAAGGCAGUCUUUUUUGAGUAAUGGCUUCCUUCUUGCCAUUAUUUAUAAAGGACAGAUUUGUGGAGGGUUUGGAAUAUUAUUGUAACUUGCACACUAAAAUCUAUAGCUCUGUCAUAGUUGCCAUUGGCCAAUGGGUAGCUUUUCUGAUCAGUGUCCUACUUGCUCAGUUAUCCACUUUGUUGAGCUGGCCUGAUCUAGAAGGGUUCAUGUGGUGUAGAGUUCUCUGGCAUGAAAAUGUGUGCCCGUUCCAACCCAAACCAUUAACUCAAGCCCGCCCAGACCUGUAGGUCUGUAACUCUAAAAAAGGCAGAUUUUCUAUAUAUAAUAAUAAUACUUUUUUUAACAAACUGUUUUUCUAACAUGGCAGAUACUGCCAUUAGCAAAGUGAGAAAGAGGGAACCUUGCCUUUUACAAAGAAUAAUAAAUAUACUAUACCAGUCAAA